GGCAUUAAUUUCUCCGAAAAUAAAACAAAACCCGGAGGAUUUCUCCACGGCCGAUGCGGUGAUCUACCCCCGCUCGCCACCGCCAUGCCGUUCCUCUCCGGCCGCUCCUCCUCCUCCGAUCCCCCGUCCCCGCCCACAUCUGCCCGCAGUAACGCCGCCGCCGCCGCCUCCGAGGAGGCGGAACGCCGCCUCCGCGAGGCCGAGCUGAGGCUGAGGGAGGCGAUCGAGGAGCUGCAGCGCCACCACGCCCGUCGGGGAGGGGCCGACGGUGGCGGCGGGGGCCACCCCGAGUGCAACCAUGCAGACGAGUCCUGCGUCGCCCACGCCAUCGGCAAUCUCUGUCAGAGUUUUCUUCUAUCCUAUGGGGUUAGGGUUGGGAUCGGCAUCCUCCUCCGCGCCUUCAAGCUCGCCCGGCGCCAGUCGUAUUCCUCCCUCCUCGAUCUCAAGCAACUUGUUUCAGAGAAAGAUUUGAUAGUAAGAGAAGAAGCUUGCCGUAUUGGAUUACUUUUUGGUGGCUUUACUGGAUCUUAUCAUGCUCUUAGAUGUUUUUUGAGGAAGUUUAGGAAGAAAGAGACACCAUUUAAUGCAAUUUUAGCAGGUUCCGUUGCAGGCUUGUCCAUAUUAGCACUAGAUGAUUCAAGUAGGAGGCGCACUCUUGCUUUGUAUCUUUUAGCUAGGCUUUCUCAGUGUGCAUAUAAUUCUGCAAAAUCCAAGAACAAGUUUCACCUUUGGGGAAGCCAUUGGAGACAUGGAGAUGCUUUACUUUUUUCUGUGGCAUGCGCCCAGGUCAUGUAUGCCUUCAUAAUGCGGCCUGAGAGCUUGCCUAAAGCAUACCAAGAUUUUAUUCAAAAGACUGGACCAGUUGCAGAACCUGUGUACAAGGCUGUGCGAGAAAGUUGUAGAGGUGGUCCUGUGGAUAUUGUUGCUUUGUCAGCUUAUUUAUCAAACAAAAAGAGUUCCAGCUCUAUAAAAUUAGCAGAGUAUCCCACAAUUAUUCCUUGUUCCAUGAUUCAUCCUGACUCCAAUUCUUGCCUAGCGCACAAUACCACUGCUGCUUCAGCAACAUUCAGGAAAACAUUUCCCCUAUAUUUCUCAUUGACAUUUGUACCCUUUGUUGUUCUCCAUCUACAAAAGUUUUUGGAGUCUCCUGCAUGGACCUGUUGGCGUGCUGUUCAGGAUGCUGUUCGCUCAACAACAUUCUUGUCUGCUUUUGUUGGAAUAUUCCAGGGUGUCAUCUGUUUGCACCGAAAGGUAGCAACAAAGGAUCACAAACUUUUAUAUUGGUUUGCUGGUGGAAUAUCUGCUAUUUCUGUACUUUUGGAAAAGAAAGCUAGAAGAGGAGAAUUGGCCCUCUAUGUACUCCCUCGAGCUGGGGAUUCUUUGUGGUAUAUCUUAGUUAAUCGCCACAUAUUCCCUGAUAUAAAAAAUGCCGAGGUGGCUCUUUUUUGUUUAUGCACGGGAGGAAUCAUGUACUACUUAGAACAUGAACCGGACACCAUGGCUCCAUUUCUUAGAGGUCUCAUCCGUAGGUUCCUUGCAAGCAGAAUCAGCAAUCCAAGCCCAUCUUCCAAUCGGAAUGCAUCCUACUCCUACUUGCAGGCCCUGGGUGCAAUAGAGAAACCAAAGCCAGAGGAGAGCGAGGAGAAUAAAGCCGCAGAAUCAGCAAAAUACAAUCUUGAGUCAAUCCCUGGUCUUUAGACAUUUCAUCUGUCAAGCGCGUAGUAAUGUGAUCGCUCACUAUUUGGUUACAUAUAUGCCCAUCUUGUUUCUGGGUUUAAGAGUUUGGUUCCCAUUUAUUAGGUGCUAUUUGCCUAGUCCAUUUUUCAAUCUGGCGAUCUGAUUAAGUGAGGAAUUUACUUGUUCCCAUUGUAGAAGUUCCUCCUCGACUGUCAUCACAUUUAGAGAGAGAUGUUAACCAUGUGGUUACUGUUUUGAUAUUUACUUUUUUUUCUUGGAUAAACUGUCAUAAUAUUACACUGGUGCAAAAUGUACAACAAAUAUAUAGUUUAUAUUUGGAUUUAUUGACACAUUUACAUUUAUAUCAAAAAAAAGCUCCAUGAAA